GCUAACCCGCCGCGCAGACAGCCAUCGAGCCUACCUCAUUUUGAGGCGCUGAUCGACAUCGCUAGUAGCCGCGAAGGCCGUCAGAGCUUGCGUAGGGUCCUGUGCGUUUACAGGCUCAGGCAGGACAAGAAGGAAGAGCUCGUCGCGCAGUUCAUCUGGAUGUAUCAUGCCAUGGCGACCUGGCGGCUACCUCGAAAUGCACUCCAGGCCAUCUUUCAGUUUCUCGACUCCUCCGAACGCACUUUCCCAGCCUCGCCGACCGUGAUUGGCUCGGCGGCGGGUGUUUCGAGCAUUGGAG